AUGUCUCGAAUGGAAAUAUAUUCCCCUGAAGGGUUGAGAUUAGAUGGACGAAGGUGGAAUGAACUUCGUCGAUUUGAAUCGAAGAUCAAUACUCAUCCAAAUUCAUCUGAUGGUUCAUCAUAUGUUGAACAAGGUAAUACUAAGGUCAUUUGCAUGGUUCAAGGUCCAAUGGAGCCUUCAUCUAGAUCACAAGCUGAUUCCACAAAGGCUACUAUUGAAGUGAAUCUUUCAGUGGCUAGUUUUUCUACAUUUGAAAGAAAGAAGAGAUCAAAGUCUGAAAAGAGAAUGGUUGAAUUAAAAGCUACAUUAGAAAGAACAUUUGAACAAAGUGUAAUGUGUCAUUUAUAUCCUAGAACUUUAAUUCAAGUCGAUGUGACGGUUUUAGCUCAAGAUGGUGGACUUUUAGCAAGUGUAACCAAUGCUAUAACAUUAGCUCUUAUAGAUGCUGGUAUAGCAAUGUAUGAUUAUGUCUCAUGUAUAAGUGUUGGUUUAUAUGAUCAAACUCCAUUAUUAGAUUUAAAUGGAUUAGAAGAAAAAGAUAUAAGUACAUUGACGAUUGGUGUUAUAGGGAAGACUGAAAAAUUGGCAUUAUUAAUGUUGGAAGAUAAAAUACCGCUUGAUAAUUUAGAAUCUAUCCUUGGUAUAGCGAUUGCUGCAACUCACAGAUUAAGAGAUUUAAUGGAUGAUGAAGUUAGGAAACAUGGAAAUGUUAGAGCUUCAAAAUUAGCAAAGAAUUGA